GAAGAGAGAGGCUGCUCCUGGCUGAACAUCUGUGUCUUCCUUAUUUUUGCCCUUGCAAUCAAAGCUGCCAUUGGGACCUUGUGCCUCUUGUUUGUGCUGCACCCUGGUUUCAGGAGCUGCAGCUUGGUUCCCUUCUGCCACAGCAGUGACCAGCCCUCAGCCCUGCAGCAGCAGUUCUCGGAGUGGGAGUGCGGCUCAGCGGUGCCACAAGGCACAGACCGAGGCUGGAUGUGCUGCCCAAAGGGCUGGAGAAGGUUUCAAGGAAGCUGCUAUUUCCUGUCCACUGACAUGAUGUCAUGGGAUGAGAGUGCACGGAACUGCACUGGGAUGGGCUCCCAGCUGGUGGUGAUCACCAGCAGUGCAGAGCAGGAUUUUCUCUCUGAGCAGAUAAGUCAAUCUAAAGAACCUAAACCAGUCAAUUUCUACAUUGGACUGUUUGCAGAGCAGGAGGGCCAGUGGCAGUGGGUGGACAAGACUCCCUACAAUGAGACAGCAGCGUUCUGGAGAAAAGGAGAACCAAAUUAUUUAGAUGGUGAAAAUUGCACCGUAAUUCAUGUGUCUACAGAAACUCCCAACAACUGGAAUGACGUCAUAUCACAUUUGGAGUGUCAUCGAAUUUGUGAAGCUGCAGCAGUAACUGUGUGA